UGUGUGGUGGUGGUGGUGGUGGUGCGUGUGUGUGAGAGAGAGAUUUUUUUUUUUUUAAAGAGGAGAGAAGGCAGGGAUGGAAGAGCUCACCGCGUUCGUGUCUAAGUCUUUCGAUCAGAAAGUGAAGGAGAAGAAGGAAGUGAUAACCUACAGGGAGGUGUUGGAGACCGGGUCGACGCGAGCAGGAAGCAGGGAGUCUUUAACCGCGGAGCCGGGAAGCCGAGAGGAAGCGGGAGCCGUCACCCGGAACGUUGCGCUCUCGCCGGGCAGGGAAACGGACAUGCUCGGGCCGGAAAGAAUCAGGGACGCCGGGAGCCCCAAACUCAUUGACGGCAACACGGACGUCAAGGAAAGGAAAGAGGACUCGAAGCCUUUAGAGGACGAGGCACAGACUAAAAUCAAACAGAGGAGAAGUCGGACUAACUUCACAUUAGAGCAGCUCAACGAGCUGGAGAGGCUCUUCGACGAGACCCACUACCCGGACGCCUUCAUGCGGGAGGAGCUUAGCCAGCGACUGGGACUGUCGGAGGCCCGAGUGCAGGUUUGGUUCCAGAAUAGAAGAGCCAAAUGCAGAAAACAGGAGAACCAGUUACAUAAAGGAGUCCUGAUUGGAGCAGCGAAUCAGUUUGAAGCAUGUCGUGUAGCGCCAUAUGUCAACGUGGGGGCUUUACGGAUGCCAUUCCAACAGGAUAGUCAUUGCAACGUGCCGCCCUUCUCCUUUCAGGUGCAGGCGCAACUGCAGCUGGACAGCGCCGUGGCCCACGCGCAACACCACCUGCACUCUCACCUGGCGGCGCACGCGCCCUACAUGAUGUUCCCCGCGCCGCCGUUCGGUCUGCCUCUGGCGACUCUCGCGGCCGAGUCCGCCUCCGCCGCAUCGGUCGUGGCAGCCGCCGCCGCCGCCAAGAACACCAGCAAGAACUCCAGCAUCGCCGACCUGAGACUGAAGGCCAAAAAGCACGCGGCCGCGCUGGGACUGUGACGCCAGGUGGACUGGAGGACAAGAGGCGUGCACGCGCUGUCUGCCACGUCUGCCUCGCGACCCAGAGACACUGACCAUAAACGCUUACAAAGUGAACAAGGACAAAGUGAGAAAAAAUUAUCCGAGGACGAUAUUUAUGUUUGUUUUUUUAAAUGAAGGACGACGAGUAUAACUAUAAGAAUAUAGGCUAUUUAUGAGAUAAACAACAGACAAUGAGAAAAAAGAGACUGUCAUAGCCUACACAGAUGUGAUUUCUUUUUUUCUUUUUUUUUUUGGACGCCAAAAAAAAUUUACAAAAAUAAAACUGGCGGAUGGGAUGAUAGCGAGGCUACGCAGGGUCCUUCACUGCAGCCACAUGGCUGAGGAGGGGCGGCGGGACACCCCCGAGGAGCAGCAGCAGGAGCAGGAGGAGGAGGAUGCAGCUGGGACGGUCGAUACUUUGUCAAACAAGGCGAACCAUUCUGCAGUUGUUCUGUUUUAAUAUUCUAUUAUUAAUGUUAUGUUUUCAUUUUGAACCUAUAUAGAGGCUGGCCUCGUUAUAAAACACUUUCUCUGUAAAAGGACAGAGCAGGAAUUCUUUGACACACACACACACACACACAUACAUACAUACAGACACACACAUACACACACACA